GCACAGCUCAGCUGGUCAGAGGAGCUAAGACAUCCGUCCCCAUCAGAAACUUCCCGGGACCCAUUCGUGUGUAAAAACGUUCGCAGUCAUGGUGGACCCCUCGCUGCCUUCUGGGGCUUUCCCAGAGAUCCCUGCUUCUGUCCUCACGGGGCUGAGCACGAUGGACCAAGUGUUCGCCACCACCGAUUACAUCGACUACAGCGUGUCCGAGCCCUGCCUGAAAACCGACGUGAGGCAGGUGGCUGCAGGACUGCUGCCCCCGCUCUACGCGCUGGUGUUCAUCUUCGGCUUCGUGGGCAACCUGCUGGUCGUCCUCAUCCUGGUCAAAUGCAAAAAGCUGAAGAGCAUGACUGACAUCUACCUGCUCAACCUGGCCGUCUCCGACCUGCUCUUCCUCCUCACCCUCCCCUUCUGGGCUCACUACGCAGCCGGCCAGUGGGUCUUCGGGAACACCAUGUGCCGGCUCCUGACGGGCUUCUAUUUCAUCGGCUUCUUCUCCGGAAUCUUCUUCAUCAUCCUCUUGACCGUUGACAGGUACCUGGCGAUCGUCCACGCGGUGUUUGCUUUAAAAGCCAGGACGGUCAUGUUCGGGGUGGUGACCAGUGGGGUCACCUGGGUGGUGGCCGUGUUCGCCUCUCUCCCGGGAAUCAUCUUCACCAGAUCCCAACAAGAGGGCACUCGCUGCACAUGCAGCCCUCACUACCCCACCAGCCAGUAUCAUUUCUGGAAGAACUUCCAGACCCUGAAGAUGGUGCUCCUGGGCCUGGUCCUGCCCCUGCUGGUCAUGGUCGUCUGCUACUCGGGAAUCCUGAAGACCCUGCUGCGCUGUCGCAACGAGAAGAAGAGGCACAAGGCAGUGCGGCUCAUCUUCGUGAUCAUGAUCGUCUACUUCCUCUUCUGGGCCCCCUACAACCUCGUCCUGCUCCUGAACACCUUCCAGAAGUUCUUCGGCCUCAACAACUGCAGCAGCUCCAAUCGGCUGGACCAGGCCAUGCAGGUGACGGAGACCCUGGGCAUGACGCAUUGCUGCAUCAACCCCAUCAUCUACGCCUUUGUCGGGGAGAAGUUCAGAAGCCACCUGUCGGCCUUCUUCCGCAAGCACAUCGCCCGCCGCCUCUGCAAACGCUGCCCCGUCUUCCAGGGGGAGGGCCCCGAGCGCGGGGGGUCCGUCUACACGCGCUCCACGGGGGAGCAGGACAUCUCUGCUGGCUUGUGACCUGCCCUCGGUUUUCCGCCCCCGGGCGGGGGUGAGGGAGGUUAUCUCAGUGAGGAAGCGGCCAAAGAUCCUCCCCUCUAUUUGGCAUCUGCCCUUCCAUUCUAGAACCCGUACAAGUGGAUGAGACAGCCACCUUGUCACCUGCCCUCCCUGGACCUCAGCAAUGGACGAACGCUCCCCUCCCUGCAAAAGUUCAUUGUAAAAACUGUCCCCCUGGAGUUGCUGAUGCUUGAGUUUGGUUACCUGGCCAGGAACCACAAAACAAACCAGGACAUAGUUUCCUGCCUGCACAAGGCAACGUACGGGUUGUAAGUGUGUGUAGAACAGUCCUCGUCUCGCCGUGGGGAGGAGAGACUUGGACGUGGUCAGUUAUGAAAGGCCGUCUCCUCGCAGGACCUCCCCUCCAAGGUGGGCAGUAAGCUCCCCGGGCACUCGGGACCAGCUGAGAGCCGGUGGCCUGGUGGAGCAGAGAGGAAGGGAGGGGGCCCCGCUGCUGGUGGAGGAGAGGGAAG